AUGAUAACUUAUUCAUUUCCUUUAUCGGAUCAUUUUAUUGACCAACAACAACAACAACAACAAUUGGUGAUUGUUGAUGAAGAUUUAAAAGUUGUAUUGUUUGGAAAUGAUGCUGAAAAAUUAUGUUCCCAAUUUAAAAAUAGUCGAUGGGUUAUUGCAUUGAUCCGUUGCAAGGAUACAGAUAGUUUUUAUUUUGUAUGGUGGGAAGGUUCCAAAUUAGAUGCUUAUACCAUUGAAAGAUUUAGAGAUAUCAUUCCAAUUUCAAUUCAAUCAUUAUGUACAAUUUGUAAAAUAGAAAGUGCAUUCCAAAUUUGUAAAAGAAAUUAUUAUUCAAUGGAUUCCAUCAUGCAUGAUAUCAAUUAUAAUAGAUAUACUGGGUUUAAUAGAUUGUCACCUCCAACUACACCAACCGACCAAUCAUUGAUUAGUAAAUUGAAAUCUCAAUCCACCACCAGUCCUUCAUCCAAUAUUAACAAAUUAUGUAAAAUAUUCUCACAAUCUGGGUCACAAUCACCAAACAUUAAUCCCUCAACCAAUCUAUUACCACAAUUAAAGAAUGGUCAAUGGUUUAUGUAUAGAUAUGACAGAGACAAUAUUGUGACUGCAUUCCACGGCCUAUCGGUCAACAAACUCCAGUCCAUGUUGUGUGAGAAGCAUUCCACAGUUGUAUUGUACAAAAAGAAUGACGAGGAAUUCUAUUUCAUCAUCUGGGAUGGCACGGUCACUAGACCCAUCGAGAAAUGCAAGUUUGCGUCAUUUACCAACAAUGUCUAUCUCUACCACAAAGAUCUCCAUAGAAAACUUCGUAUCGUUCGUUGUGAUAGUAGCUGUGAGUUUGAUAAACUGGUAGACAUUAUCCGUACGUCUCCAGGCACCGCCACAUCAUGCUCCUCGUCAUCGGUCCAUUCAACAGCCUCUACCCCCGGUCCAGUGUUUUUUUCGCCCACCCCAUCCACAUGCAGCACUCCAGACAGCUCCCAAAAGAUAUUCAAAAUGAAAACGACACCUGGUAUCUCGUCGACCCCUUCCACUCCAUCAACGCUACGCCAAGGUUGCACCGAUGAGAAACCAAACAUUAUCCAAAACGUACCAUACUUUGGCUACGACGCUAUCACCCUUGCCAUGGAAGAGUUUAAUGCUGGCAAGAUCUGCUGGUUGCUCAUUGGAUACACUGCCCCAGGUUGUCAGGGUCUUGGACUGCUUGCAAAGGGUCCAAAAGGAAUGAACGAAAUGAAGAAGCAUCUCAAAGACGAGUCGACUGCCUUUGGCAUCAUCCGUGUGACCUAUACUGAUGAGCGUGCCGCUGCCAAAAAGGAUUCCCAACUCCAAAAAACCAUGUUUGUCCAAUGGCUAGGCAAGAAGAGCAGAGCCCUGGAAAAGUCCCGUCGUAAUACUCACAUGGCACCAGUCUAUCGAUUGUUCCAAGAAAAGACUGUCGUCCACGGUGAAAUGGAAGCAGAUGAAAUCAACGAUCUCGAAGAUGUCAGUAUUUUACAAAAGUUAUUAAGUUUUAGAAAUGAUAUCCAAUUUAAAAAGAUUAUUGAAGCUUAA